AAAAUAUUCAAAUCUGUUAAGUUUGAGAAGUUAAGAUGACGUUGAAAAUUCCUGAUUUCCGUCAAAAUUCUAGUUCAAUUUCGCCUUAUGAUUCCAUUGAUUUUCAACUACUCAAGGUUUUCUGUACAUCCACCACAAACAUGGAACCAAUUAGUGGCACUACAUUUAUUUCGGAUGAUAAUCAGAUUGUUUGAAGAAAUUCAUUUUAUGGAACAAUUUUUCAUUAAAAUGCAUCAUAUUUUUGCUUUCACAUGUCAGGUGAUCUUUUUCAUUUUGUGCGAUUUCUUCCUGAAUGACAUUCUUGGAACAACUGGUGUAAAGACGAACAAAACAGUAGUGAUGGCUCUGACUACGAUCCUUUUUUAUGCAGUAUUUGGUUACUUCGCCACAAGAAUUCGUGAUAUUUUCUUGAAAAGCAGGAUUCCCACAUCAUUUGGUACACCAUCGAAUUGCGUGAAACUACUGUUGAGACUUGUCCUGGAAUGGGCAAAAACUGCUAUAAUCAUUUUAUGUAUAAGAGAGCAAGGCAUUCAAUACUCUCCCCAUCCAAUUUAUACCAUGCUGACAUUGAGCUAUUAUUUAAGUUCUGAGAAAGUUUUCUGUGAAAUAUUGUCGGCACUCGCAGAAAAUGUUUACACCUUCGAGUAUUUCGAGAAUUUAGAAUAUCUUUACAUUCCCAUGUACCUCAAUAUAUUCAGCAUAGCCUUGGGAAUAUUAGUGAACCUGUAUUUAUUGCUAUUCUGUUAUUCAAAUUUCGUACUGAUGACAACAUAUUUCAUAAUAUUUUUGAGGAUAAAGGACGUGUUCUGCAAUUAUUGGCAAAUGAUAGUGGCCGAAAAAAAAACCUACUCAAGUUUUCGUGUUGCGACAGAUCAAGAAAUCAACGAUAGGGACGACAUCUGUGCAGUUUGCCUCAAUAAAAUGAGCAAGGCUCGAAUAACACCCUGUAAUCAUCUUUUUCAUCCCAUUUGUUUAAAGCAAUGCCUUAAAAAUUCAUUUCUAUGUCCACUGUGUAAAUAUAAUUUCAGAGAAGAAGUGUAAUGUUA